GAACAGUAGAUAAAUUUUUAAUUCAACCCAAGCAAAUUCAGGAUUGGAAAAGCAAACAAGAUGAGCUAUUAUUAGCUCAGCCUCAUAUUAAAUGUCUCAAUGUUGGUGCUCAACCAAAUUAUCCUAAACUUGAAGAGGAACUUGCUGAAUGGAUUUGA